AGCAGCUCCGCCAUCCUUUGAUAAAGGAAAAUUAUUUGUCAAAAGGUGGUAAAGAUAAUGGAUGUAUGAGCCACCACCACCACCUUCUUGGAAACACUCUCUUCAUUCAUUCUUUUAUUCUCUCCCCCAUCUUCCUUCUUUCCCUUUACCAACAAAAUCCUCAAAAGUUGCCAGAUUUCAACAUUAAAAAGUACCCGCCUUUCUAUCUCUUCUUCUACUCGGUUUCUCUGUGUCUAUUGUCUACCACUUCCUUUUCUUUCCCUUUCUCAGGAGCACAUACACAAGGAUAAAUGCAAAGGACGAUAAAUUAAACCAUUGUUCACUAAUUAAGGGAUUGCCAACAUGGUGAGCUUACGCAGAAGGAAGCUUCUUGGACUCUGCUAUGGGAAGAGUUCCUUUUUGACUCCACUCUCCAGAUUCUUUUGUAGUGGAAAUGCUCUUGAAAAUUCAAGUCAGAAUGCAAAAUCAAUCAGCGUGCAUCCUAUGCCCUCAUAUUCCAUUUCCAUCAACCAAAUGCACGGGAAAAGCACUGCUGUGGUUGGCUCUGUAUCAGCAAAUGUUUCUGCUUCUGGAUCUGGUUCAUCAAAAGAGCCUCACUAUCAACCUUUUCCAGGGCAACCAAUCAAGCGCAGGAAGCGACAUAGGAGGAAGCACGCUCAAAAUCAAGAACCGUGUCUAAUGAGGGGUGUAUACUUCAAGAAUAUGAAAUGGCAGGCCGCGAUAAAGGUUGACAAGAAGCAGAUUCACUUGGGGACCGUUGGUUCACAAGAAGAAGCUGCCCGUUUAUAUGACAGAGCCGCUUUCAUGUGUGGAAGGGAGCCGAACUUUGAGAUGUCGUCGGAGGAAAAGCAAGAGCUUAGUAGAUUCAAGUGGGAUGAGUUUUUGGCAUAUACUCGCAGUUCAAUCACCAAUAAAAAAUACAAGCAAAGGGUUGGGGCUGAACCCCAGAAAAUGUCUGAACCUGCAAUAGAGAACGGUUAUCCAGACGGCAAACGAUUCGAUAGCUCCUCAGCUUCAGAAGAGGCAGGGCCAGACUCUUCAGCCUCGUGAAAGAUUUUGAGAGGGGGGCUGAAUAAUCCGUGAUGUUUAGGUAGUUGCUGGGUUUCCAAUUUUCAGGGUUGAAAUUCUGUUAGGUAGCCGAGUAAUAUAUAUAGAUAUGAUUAUCAUGUACCAAGCAGAUAUUAUAGUGCUUUAACCCUGUAAUAGGUGGUAAAUAUUACUGGUUUUCAUCAGUCAACGUACUGCAUAUAUGCUUGAAUGCUCAACCAACUGCGUUUAAACAAGUAAUGUAUUAAGAUCCUCUCUUCC